AUGGCGGCUAAUUGUUACUUUAUUUGUAAUAAAACAACGACUCCUCUACCGAUAACAUUCGAUUUAGAUUCUCCAGUAAGUUUAGAAAUUCCAGAUCAACUUUACGGUAGUUCAUUUACACUCGUUACAAACGCAUCGAAAAUUAUAAGCAACGUCAUUUACAACACAGCAGACAGAGCACAAGAAUUUGCCGAAAGAAUUAAUUCUGGACUCAGACAUAAAUUUGGAUAUUCAAAAAAAUUUAUACAAAUCGGGGAUCACAAUGGAAAAUCUUAA